AUGGUCACUGAUAGUGACCACACAAGCAGCGCCGCUGCACUGCAAAAGAUAAGGCAGUUCAGCACAAAGAGUGGCGGCAAAAGCAGCAGCAGCUGCAGCAGCAGCAGUAGCACAAUAGGGAGGAGAUCCUGGAGUCAUAUAGGGCGCAGCAGCAGCCGCAGCCGUUGGGUGGCACGAGUGGACAAGCUGAUUAGGGAGGGGCACCAGAAUGCAGAGUCACUUGCGGCUGCCUCAGAUGAAGGGUUUGCUGCUGCCGGCCCUACUGCGGCAGCUGCUGUUUCUUUCGCUGCUGCUGCUGCAGCGGAACUUGAGGGCGGCAGAACAAUACCUAAGGACUGCGUGCAUCCGGAACUGAAGCAAAUCACUCCAGCAUGGAACAGCAGACGCUGCGGUGUUUUGGCGUACAAGGUGGGAAUGAUGUCUCUUUGGGAUAGCUGGGGUGAGCGCCAUGCGGUGACCGUUUGCCAGAUCGACCGCUGCAUUGUUCUGCAGCAGAAGACACUCAGCAGCCACGGCUAUGAGGCAUGCGUGCUUGGACUAGGCUACCGAUCACCCCUCAGGACCUCUCGGCCCAAUCUGUGUCGUUUUAUUUCUCUUGGGGUCGAGCCCAAAGCAGUCACUGCCGAAUUUAAGGUAUCGUCGGACUGUCUCCUCCCUCCGGGUGUGGAAUUGAGUGCAAUGCACUUUGUGCCUGGGCAGUGGUGUUUUGUCUCGGGCUGGAGCACUGCGAAGGGAUUCCAGGGCCCAGUCAAGCGAUGGGGAUUUAAAGGGCAAAACGCAAGUCACGGUACUGAGAGCAAGGCACAUCGUUCUCACGGCAGUAUUGGCCAAAGCAAAACAGUUAAUGUCGUUUGGAAGUUCAAGAAGAUGGCAGGACACGUGGGACCCGAUCCACGCGUUGUGAAUUGCCAAGUGCUCAGGAUACAAAACGACAGAAAUCUGAUUUUUCUCAAGGGUUGUGUCCCUGGUGGAGUGGGUUCGGUUUUGAAAAUUAGCGACGCGCGUGGUAAGACGCAUCACCAACGGAACCGCCACGUGCCCCUACCCUACCCUACGUUUGUCCCUGUGGAGGGUAAAGUUUACCCCUUAGUGCUUAAUAGGGUCGACAAGAAGCAAGACCCGUUCGCUUAUCCGGAAAUACCCAUUUAUGACAAAGACGAAGCGUGA